UGAUUCAUGUCAUAAAUACACACGCACUCAUAGGACACCACACGUACACACAAACACGCCGCCCACACACAAUUUUUCCUCUCCCGAUUUCGUAUAAAUAGCCAACUAAAUGAGUCUAAAACCACUCACUCUUCAAACCCCACAAAAAACUCAAACUCAUUUCAUCACUUCAACCAAAACCCGUCUUAGAAUUCUCCUCUUUCAUCAAUCCAAAGUUUUUUUUGCCUUUUUUUCAUUCCCACAAAAGUUUUGAUUUGUUUAAACACAUACGAAUUAGAUAAUAGAGAAAACUCAAACUACUACAACUACAACUACAAUGGUGGUGUUAUCCCAACAUGAACAUUUCCCUUACCUUAGAAAUUGUAUAGGCACUAAUAAUAACUUACUAUACGGUGGUAUUCCCUUAAUAGACCUCUCUCAACCUGAUUCAAAGCAACUCAUAGUGAAGGCAUGUGAAGAUUUUGGAUUCUUCAAAGUCAUCAACCAUGGCGUACCAAUGGAUUUUAUCAGGACGUUGGAAUCUGAAGCAGUCAAAUUCUUUUCCCUGCCACUUUCCGAGAAAGAGAAAGCAGGGCCUCCCAACCCUUUUGGCUACGGAAACAAGAAGAUUGGUCGACAUGGCGAUAUGGGUUGGGUUGAAUACCUUCUCUUAACAACCAACUCUGAAUUCAUUAAUUCUGAAAGGUUUAAAUCAGUUUUUGGCGAAGACCCACAGAAGCUACGUUUUGCUUUGGAUGACUAUAUACUGGCAGUGAAGAAAAUGGCGUGUGAGAUUCUUGAACUGAUGGCAGAAGGGCUGAAGAUUCAGCCGAGGAAUGUGCUGAGUAAGCUGUUAAUGGAUGAACAGAGUGACUCUGUUUUCAGACUGAAUCACUAUCCGCCAUGUCCAGAGGUUGAAGGUGGGAAUGUGAUUGGGUUUGGUGAGCACACAGACCCACAAAUCAUUUCAGUUCUGAGAUCCAACAACACUUCUGGCCUCCAAAUUUCUUUGAGGGAUGACAGUUGGAUUUCAGUCCCACCUGAUCAAGACUCAUUUUUUAUCAAUGUCGGCGACUCUCUACAGGUGAUGACUAACAGUAGAUUCCAGAGUGUGAAGCACAGAGUUCUGGCAAACGGGUUACAGUCUAGAGUUUCAAUGAUCUAUUUUGGGGGACCACCUUUGUGUGAGAAAAUAGCUCCAUUGCCUUGUCUCAUGAAAGGUGAAGAAAGUUUGUAUAAAGAGUUCACAUGGUUUGAGUACAAAAAAUCUGCUUUCAAUUCCAGAUUGUCUGAUAACAGGCUUGGACACUUUGAGAAAAUUGCAGCCUCAUAAGUUAUGUCUCUCCAAUGAAACCAACAAAAGAAUAAUAAUAAUAAUAAUAAUAAUAAUAAUAAUAAUAUUUCGCACUUAUUAGGAAGAAAGAAAAAAAAGAAAAAUAUUAUGUUUGAAACAGAAUUAUAUGUUCUGUCUAAUCAUAUUUGGCUAUAGAUGGAAUACUUUUUAUGUUUUCUUUUUCCUCCCUUUCUUGGUUUGUCUUUGUUCUUCCUAUUUUGCCCUUUUACUACUAUUUCAUGUAAAGGAUAAAAGACUCUUCUUUCUCACUCUUACACUUGGGUUUUCAUUUUGUUGAAAAGGAUUUUAUGUAAACUUCUUUGUUUAUAACAAAAAUAGCUCUCAAUUGUGUCUCAAA